AAUAAAUAAAUAAAUAAAUAAGCUGAAAUAUGUCGUCUUUACCAAUUGUUUCUAUAACUAGAAGAGAAACUUUUAGUUCCUGCCACCGGUUACACAGCCCUUUCCUGGGUGAUGAAGAGAACAAAAGACUGUAUGGAAAAUGCAACAAUCCAAAUGGUCAUGGGCACAAUUAUGUUGUGCUUGUGACAGUGAAGGGUCCAGUGGACCAGCAGACAGGGAUGGUGAUGAAUGUUCAUGAUCUAAAGCAGUAUAUGAAAGAAGCUAUUAUGGAUCCACUUGAUCAUAAAAAUUUGGACCAAGAUGUGCCUUAUUUUAAGGCUGUGGUAAGCACAACAGAGAACCUGGCAAUAUUCAUAUGGGAUCAAUUGCAAAAACUGAUGCCAAAGCCUCAGCUUCUACAUGAAGUCAAAAUACUGGAGACUGAAAAGAACCAUGUUGUCUAUCGUGGAGGCACCACAUUCCCUCGAAACAAAAGUAACAAAUCAUCUAUGCACCCUGGAAACAACCAUGUUUCCUCAGACUCCGAUUAGAAUGUGUGACUGGUUGUUGAAAAUCGAUUUUUGAAUCUCUUUUUGUCUACCUAUGCUUUUAACUUGCCAUCUACAUUCCAUUUAUAGUUAGAAUUAAGUUGCCCUUGGAAGAAUUAACUUAGAAUUAAGUAUACAAAUAGAAUGAGGUUCAUUAUUUUGAGUACUAUUAAAAACCUGUUAUUUUUGUAAAUUCUUACUGGUAGCUAUUAAGAAAUAAUUGAAAAUUACUUAUUAUUUUGUCUUAAUGUAUACACAUGAGAAAUUAAAAUGUUUACUUAUUUUUGUAUUCUUUUUCAUUAUGCUUAGAACAUGUUAUUUAAUCUGCCUUACAUUAUUGUAAAGAAAUGAAUUAAAUGUUUAUAUUUUUGUA